AUGUUGAUGCGCCUGUAUAAACACACAGAAACCCUGCCUUCGUUGAUGAUUCUGCCUCGAUGGAUGUACCAACAACCUCCACGGCAAGUUCAACGGACACUACCACCGCGCAUGAAAAGAGAUUUGGAGAAACUCAAGUUGACCGCGGAGAAAAAUGGUAUAGCACGAUAUCUAGAGUUGAGGAGGCUCUUGAAAGCUUACGAUAGCGUGGAUAUAGAGAACCUACGGUAUGAUAUAGACGAGGACAGCGUCACAGAAGUAUCAUGA